AUGCUACCGGCGAAGCGUCUGGAAAUGUACCAAGUAAAUGGUCCAAUGAUGGAAGUCACAAAUAUUAUGGCAGAAGAGGCAGGACUAGAUGCGUUCCACAAAGUCUUCCUGACGCUCCGACCGAGUUGCAGAAACAAGGUCGAACCAACACUUGAUUGUAGCAAGUUGUCGUGGCCGACGGAGAGAUGGCCUGUAUACUGUGACUGUGCGGUUGGCCUGUACCAGGGCGGAUAUGAGUUCGGUCAAUAA